AUGCCGUCGAUGAGCAGCCUCCGGUCUGGCGAGGUGACACGAAAGCGCAGAAUGAUCCAGGAGAUGCUGAUGGGUCUCUGGGAUGCUUGCAUCGAGCCGGAUCCUUUAUCCAAUGAUCCCUUCGUCGCCGACGCAAUCAUCGCGAACCCCCCGGGUUUCGCUCAUGUUCACUGCGCGCAGAGACUCGGCGUGCCCGUCCACCUCAUGUUUACGAUGCCAUGGACGCCAACAUGA